UAAGUUGGACUGUCCUUGAAGAGGAGCAGUGUAGUACACGCCGCUACAUUAUGUAGUUGUUUCUUGAGGCGAUCGAUAUAUUCGCGCGGUUUUUGAAAGAUUUGGAUUAGUGCUUAUCAAUAUGUAAUGGCUUUGUGAAGUAUAAUAGAUAAUAAAUGAAAAAGGCCAGAAUACAGUGAUGACUAAGUGAUACGGAUAUUUCUUUGAAUUUGUGAUAGGUACUAGGUACCUAUGUGUGUGACAUAGUAGGUAUUAAAAAUGAAAAAGAAAAUAAACAUAACAGUCCCACCUAAAAAGUCGUGCGGUGCGUGCACGAUGUUUCCGUCGUGCAUGUCGUUGUUGUCGCGGCGACAGGAGAACGCGCCGCCGCGGCCCGGACAGACGGCCGUCGUGCUCAACGUAUACGACAUGUAUUGGACCAACUGUCCUCCUCUGGUAAGGUACACGGCGGGCGCGGGUGUGGGCGUGUUCCACAGCGGGGUGCAGGUGCACGGCUCGGAGUGGGCGUACGGGGGGCACCCCUACUCCUUCACUGGCGUCUUCGAGAUCUCGCCCCGAGACUCGCGCGAGUUGGGAGACCAGUUCCGGUUCAGACAAAGCGUGCACAUCGGCUACACAGACUUCAGCGAGGAGGAGGUGCGGCGGCUGGUGGCGGAACUGGGCAAGCAGUUCCGCGGCGACCGCUACCACCUCAUGAACAACAACUGCAACCACUUCUCCUCGGCCUUCUGUCAGGCGCUGUGUUCGCGCGACAUCCCCGCGUGGGUGAACCGGCUGGCGUACGUCAGCUCCUGCGUGCCCUUCCUGCAGCGCUGCCUGCCCAAAGAGUGGCUGACCCCGGCGGCGCUGCGGCAGUCCCUAGAAGCACACUCGCGAUCCUCCACGCCGCAGACGCCGCAAUAGCAUCAAGACUGCCUGCGUGUGCGCAGUUAAGACCCGAGCAGUGUUGUGCGAACUUACUAAAUAGGUCUAACUUAGGUAAGGUUUGGCGCAUUGUCGACCCAACACUAUGUACUAAAAUUAGUGAAACUGCGAAUUUUUACCUUAAUUUUAAAGUAAGUAUAAAAUAAAAGAACAGCUUAUGAAAUGUCCCAGUUUUUUACGAAUUAAUAUUUAACAUAAACCGCCAAUAUAUGUCGCACCGCUGGACUAAGAACUCCUUAAUCAACAGGGGAUAUCAAGUAUACUACUUAAUUUGCUUUCUACAGGUUUUUUAACCCAUCUAAAUAUCUAGACAUAUUUUAAAAAGCUGACAAAUUGGUGCUAAUUCCUGUAGACAUCAUCUAAUUUUUAUUUUAAGUUAUACCUCUCAUUUUCUUAUCCGUCGAAAAGCAAAGGGACGGGUAAUCGACGGGCAUAAAAUGGAACACACGACAAUUUUAAGUUAGAAUUAAGUUGACAGCACACGUCAAACGGUUUGCAUACCAGCGAGAUGCCUAUUUGAUUCAUCCGGGUUAUUCAUUCAUUUUAAAAUUAACAGCUGUCAAUUAUCCGUCCCUUUCCUUUUCGGCGGAUAAGAAAAUGAUAGAUAUAACUUAAAAUAAAAUUAGUUGGUGUCUGCAGGAAUCGGGGCUACUAUAGCUGUAAUCUUUGUUCAAUUGAAAAAUACUUUAUUUUCUAACAAGUGCAUAAAAAAAUGUAUACUAAUGUCCGUAUAGAUAAACCUAACAAAAUUUUACAUAAGUAUUAUGACAACAUUGGUAGCGAUUCUGCAUUGUAAUUGGUUGAUCGAUUGCUGGUGUUGCCAUUUGUGACUGAUAUUACGUCUUUUGCUCAAAGUUUUGGUAUGUUGCAAAAAUACUGUUUCAAUAGUUUAGUUCAUUAAAAUCCAAAAUAAAAUUAAGCUUUCCGAUUGGGUGUUUUAUAUUCGCGAUUUCACUAAAUCAUGUACAAUAAAGUCGUUUUAUAUAAGAAUAUUUGUAUUGAUAAGGUUGAUAGGUAAAAUUAUAAAAUUUAAUGUAACUCAUGUUAACUUAUAACUAAAGUCUGUAAUAAUAUUCGACAGCUAAACCAGUCUCAUUUCAUAAAAUUGCUAAUCCUGUAUCAGCUGGUUUCAUUUUUUACCAGUGUUGCUAGGAUAAAUAUUGUUUAUUUCUUAGUAAUUUUAUGAAAUUAGAUCAUAUUGUUCUGUAAAUACCUAAAAUAUAAAUACAUCCCGUCUAAUGUUGGAUUUGUAUAAAAUAUAAUAACUUAAAUUUUGAUUAGGAAAAUUAAUUUUUUUUUUUUAAUGUUACGAAGAUCAGAAUGGAGUAAUUCAAGUGCCAGUUUUUCUUUUCUUUUUUUAUACCAGGGAUAUGGAACCAAGCUAAUGCUAAUAAAUAUUGAAUAAAAAAUGAAAUUUUCUAGAAUAAUAUUGGUCAUAAAUACGUAGAUUUAGCUGUCCGUCCUUUGAAACUCUCUUAUUAGACGUACUGUUGGCUUGUCUGUCUGUUGUGUGGAUAAUGAGACGAAUUUCAGUACCUACUUUAAAUUCACUAAAAAUAUUCACAACAUUAAUUUGAUAUACCAAAAAUAAUUUAUUUUCAUCUUAAAUUAAUUUUUUGAGCCUUAACUGGCAACAUUGUUCGGAAUCGUGACUGUGCUUGCGAUUACAAUCAGAGUUGCCCUUGUUUUCAAUAUUAACUCAUGUCUAAGAGGUGAGUUAUUUAUUUUAACUUUCAUCUCUUAGACAUAAUACAGGGUGUUAGUGACAUCGUAACGAAUACUGAGGGAGAUGUUUCAGACCAUGAUUCUGAGUUGAUAUCAAGUGGAAUUUUUCGUCGCAAUUUUUUUUAUAAUUAAUCAUCAUUUUCAGUUCUAUACUUUUGCGACGGAAAACCCACUUGAUAUCAACUCAAAGUUUUCGUUACGAUGUCACUGACACCCUGUAUAAUAUAAAAUAAGCUCACAACUAUAUCCAAAAUGGGGUAGUCAGAGGUACAUCCAUAGCAAGAUGAACUAAGUACCCACACCUCACCGAUCUUUCUGUUAAACCCACAUCUUAUCUCUAAGAAAGUGUGAAUAAUACAAAGUGCCAUGGUUAGUCGUGGAAAUAUUACAAAAAAGUUAAUGUAUAUUUAACCUUGUUAUAACUAUAAACUUAAUGAAAUGUGUGAAAUUAAACGAAAAUGUUAUGUUAGAAUAAAACUGAUAUACAAACUAGUAUUUAAAACAAAA